CAACAGCUGUGCUACCAUGUGAGGCAUCCGGUGGCUCGGGCAGUCCAACCACUACCCUAAGCAAUCCAAAGACCAUCCUCCAUAGUCAAUAGCCGACUGGCUGACAAUUGAAAUCAUAGUUCGAAACAAGUUCAGGAGAUCUUGUUUGAAUUUCAUGGACAGAGUAUUCGAUCCCCUUGUCCAUCUCCAGAGUCUCUAGUUCCAAUUUCAUGGAGUUCCCUUCACCAUCAUCUUUCUUACACCUUUACCUCCUCGUCGUAUCAUUUCUGUCCCUGUUUCUUCUCUCUGGAUCUCAACAGAGUUACCUUGGCAGCUACCAAUUGGACUGCUACAAUAACAACUCUGUAACCUCUGGGUAUCUCUGCAAUGGGCCUCAAAGAUCUUGUAGCUCCUAUCUCACCUUCCGAUCAACAUAUCCUUAUGAUUCUCCGCUCAGUAUCAGUUAUCUCUUGGCUUCCAAUGCUUCCCAAAUUGCCCAAAUCAACAACAUUUCCGAGAUAGACAGGAUCCCCACAGGCAAUUUGAUCAUAGUUCCUGUAAAUUGUUCAUGUUUUGGAAAAUUUUAUCAGCACAAUACCUCCUACACCUUGAAAGCUGGCGACACAUAUUUUAGAGUUUCCAACAACACUUACCAGGGCCUCACCACUUGCAAAGCUCUGAUGAAUCAGAAUCCGUACGAAAGCCAGAAUCUUUCUGUGGGAUCACAAUUGUUAGUCCCAUUAAGAUGUGCUUGCACUACUAUGAACCAGACUGCUAGUGGUGUGAGAUUCUUGCUGACUUACUUGGUUACUUGGGGUGAUUCUGUUUCUUCAAUUGGUGAGAUGUUUGGUGUGGACGAACAGAGCAUUACAAGAGCCAACAAUUUUUCCUCUGAUACUGCUUUAUAUUCCUUUACACCCAUUUUGAUUCCCCUUAAAACAGAGCCUACGAUGAGGCAAAAUGGACUUCCUUCAACACCACCACCACCAGUGUCUCCAACUCCAUCAUUUUUUCCUGCUGCAGAAACACCAAUGGCAAAGGAUGGUUGCAAGGAGAACUGUGGGAACAUCAGCAUUCCCUACCCUUUUGGUAUUGGGAAUGAAUGUUACUUCGACAAAAGUUUCGAGAUCCUAUGCAAUGACACUAAUUCUAAUCCUUCGGUGCCAUUCCUGCAAUACCCAGAUGUGGAAGUUCUAGAAUUCUUGCCAGAUUAUGCUGUGCGUGUGGUCUAUACUUCUGUUGCUUCAACCUGUAGCCAGAGUGGUAGCACUGAGUUAUCAGAAGCCAUAGAUUUUCCCUUCACCUUCUCUGUUACCCACAACAAUUUCAAUGCCAUUGGAUGUGAUAUUUCCGCCGGAUUCACUCGCCUCAAUGGUGGAAACAAUUCAAAUGGGUGUAUGUCGGUCUGUGUCAACAAUACCAUGCCUACCAUGAACUCUAUCAUUUCUUCUUGUUCAGGUGAUGGUUGCUGCAAAACAACUGUUCCAAGCAAUGUUCAGUUGUAUGAUGUGAAGGUUUUUAACUUAGAUGUGUCUGGGGCAUCCAAUUCCUGUGGCGUAGCCUUUCUAGCAGAUGCAAAUUUCUCCGAUUACAAUCAGUUUGAUCUUUCCAGUAUUUCUAAUGCGCUCAAUUCUACUAACUACCGGAUUCCGGUAGUAUUUGAUUGGGUGAUAGCGAACAGCACAUGUGAAGAAGCUCGCAAAGUUAGCAGUGUGCAGGGAUAUGCCUGUGGCAAGAAUACCUAUUGCAUUGACUCUAAUAAUGGCCCAGGAUACCGCUGUAGUUGCUCUGAAGGCUUUCAAGGGAAUCCAUACUUGCCUGAUGGAUGCAAAGGAAGUAAAGCAGGAACUCCUCUGGUUGUGAUGGUCAUUCUAGGUACUGGAAUAGCAAUGGCUUUGAUAAUUCUAACUGCUGUCAGUCUCUGGUUGUAUUCGCUAUAUGUCAAAAGACAGAAAAUCAAAUUAAAGCAAAAAUUUUUCAAGAAAAAUGGUGGUUUGCUAUUACAGCAGCAAGUCUCUUCUCAUGACCAUAGUGUUGAAAAGAUCAAAAUCUGUUGUAUUGAAGAACUAGAAAAGGCAACGGAUAACUUCAAUGGAAGUCGAAUCCUUGGUAAUGGUGGUUCUGGAACUGUUUACAAAGGGAUGCUAUCAGAUGGGAGAAUGGUAGCCAUUAAAAAGUCCAAUAUAGUUGAUGAAAGCCAAAUUGGCCAAUUCAUUAAUGAAGUUGUCAUUCUUGCACAAAUUAACCAUAGAAACAUAGUGAAAUUAUUAGGUUGUUGCCUAGAGACCCAAGUACCCUUACUUGUUUAUGAGUUUGUCUUAAAUGGAACCCUCUCUUACCAUCUCCAUGGAGAAGGUCAAGUGUCAUCACUUUCGUGGGAAAAUCGAUUAAGAAUUGCUACAGAAAUUGCUGGAGCAGUUGCCUACUUACACUCUUCUGCAACUAAUCCAAUCUUUCAUAGAGACAUCAAGUCUAGCAAUAUUCUCUUGGAUGAAAAUUAUAGAACCAAAGUGGCAGAUUUUGGAAUUUCAAGGACAGUACCCAUUGACAGAACUCACUUAACCACACUGGUGCAGGGGACCUUUGGCUACUUGGACCCAGAGUAUUUCCAUUCAAGCCAAUUUACAGAGAAAAGUGAUGUUUAUAGCUUUGGAGUAGUUCUUGCGGAGCUUCUGACUGGACAAAAGGCAGUCUUUUUCAAUGAUUUCCAUGAAGAGAAAGGUCUAGCUAUGCAUUUCAUAUCAGCACUAAAGGAGAAUUUUUUAUUUGAAGUUCUGGAGACCAGAGUUGUAAAUGAAGGAAACAUAGAUCAGCUUUUAGCAAUUUCUAGACUUGCAAAGAAAUGUCUGAAAGUAAAUGGAAAGAAAAGGCCAGCCAUGAAAGAGGUAGCUGCAGCUCUUGAAGGAUUAAGAAGCUUUCAGGUACGUCAUCCAUUGGUCUCAAGUACAACCAAGGAACACAGACAUGCUUGAGCUAUGAAGAAGAUUCAUUUCACUACCCUGGUGAUGCAAACGAUUCUGGGAGUACCAAUAGUUCAAUAACAACAGGACCUGCUUAUGAUUCUGGAAGUACUGGUUCCAUAAUUGCUAGUAGUAGUGACAAUUCUUAGCAUUCUUUCUUCGAAUCACUCUUCUCCUUUCCAGGUGAGUGGUGUGGUUGAUUUGCAAUUCAUUAAAAAAAAAAAACCGUUACCCAAUGCACAAAGGCUUCGAUAUGCUUGCUCCAA